UGUCAAUACAGUUGGAUUUGGAAGAAAUGAAUAAAGAUAUUUAACCAGAUAUUAGAGACAGAGACCAUGCCAAUCCCUGGAUGGUUACUGUGUUUGGACUAUUACGCUUAUGUGGAUUCCGUACCUCUAUGCUAUCCGUUCGUGCCCGUCUAUGCACGUGAAAGUAAGCUGUGUACUAGGUAUGUACGAACCCUUUUCGGCCAUUCCAUCUACCUAGCUGUGGUCUUGGCUAAGGUAGGAAGACGGGAGAAGACAGCUGGUAUUGAAGUAGCAAGUCGAUAC